GGUAUGGGCUUUAUCCAUUGAGUUCUUCGUAUCUUUUUUUCUCUUGCUGUCAAUCGCUGAACUAUCGCACGCAGCAUUCCCCAGCUUUUCCCCUCCCUUCUCCAGCUGUUCGGUGCAAAGUCUCGUUCAUAAAAUCAGCAUAAUUCUUGCUAUUCAUUCCUGAGAAACGUGCAUCACAACGAAAUAUAAUUAGGACGAAGCGAGUAAGGUGAAUUAAAAUACUUAGGAACUCUCAAUAACAAUAUAAAAAAAUGGCAUUUCGCGAGUUAGUGGAAGGAGACUGUGGAGGUCCCAGCUCGUUAAUGCGCCUUACAUCACAUUAUGUACAAGAUCAUGGUUUUAAAGAGGAAGGAAUUUUUCGGCCGUUUAGUCCAACUGAAACUUUUCAAGCACAGGAUGCAGAUCAGUUAGUUCAACAAUUCUUAGAAGAACCUGCUUGUCCACAGACAUUUCGAAUGGACAAUUUACUACAAGAAAUGAGAGAAAUUGAUCAAAAUAUUCAUCCCCCGAGAGCAGCACCCGGAGUCGUCAAAGAAUUAAGUGAUCUAAACACAGCUUGGGAAAAUCUAUGUUUUAAAUCUGAUAAGCAAUUUGAAGAACUUCAUGUGGAUAAUAUAUGGAAUACAUCUAUAAUACCCACAUCUAUAAUAUCCACUCAGGAAGAAAACACACAAUUUCCUGAAACUCGCAAAGGUCUUGGUCUAGAUUCAAAAUGGAUGGAAGAAUAUUUGGAACAUAGUGUAAACAAUGCACAAGAUAAUCUUAACAAAGACAAUGAAGCUCAAAUCAUAAAAGAUGAAGAUCCGAAUUAUGCAUAUUCAAGGUUUAUGAAAUUUAUGAAACAAGAAGGUGAUAUUCCAAUAGAAAACACUCGAACAGAAACAGCCAACUUGGAUGAUCCAAUCGAAGAAUGGAUAGAGCAAUAUCAUGCAGAUCAACAAAAAACAAAAGAUAAUUCCAUUAAUAAUAUUAAUUAUGACAGUACAGUCUUGAAUAAAGUAGAAGAAGAAUUAGAAGCUGCGGGUACAUGGAUAGAUGAAUUUGUAAAGGAAAAUCCAUCUCCAGAAUAUAUAAAUUCAAAGUUAUUAUGGAAGCAGUUUCAAGAUGAAUGGGACAAAGUAUCUGCAGAUGGGGUCUCCUCUACACAUCCAUGGGUAUCAGAGCUUGACACAUAUUACGAUCCAUUUAAUAAGGAAUAUGAAUUUUGUGAAACAAAUCCUAUGAAAGACUUACCAAAUGCAUUGGCAGAAGGCAAGAAACGGUUAGAAGCAGGAGAUUUACCGAGUGCUGUACUCUGUUUCGAAGCAGCUGUUCAACAGGAUGAAAAUAAUGUGGAAGCGUGGCUACUUCUUGGUAAAACACAAGCUGAGAAUGAACAAGAUCCUUUGGCUAUCUCUGCUUUGAAUCAUUGCCUAUGUUUGGAGCCAUCUAAUAGUGUUGCUCUCAUGGCAUUAGCAGCUUCUUAUGCAAAUGAAUCUUAUCAGAAGCAAGCCUGUCUAACGUUGAAGGAAUGGUUACUAAAGAAUGAAAAAUAUAAACAUCUAUCAGUUCCAGAGUCUAAUCUUACAAGAGAUAAACAUCCAACUUUCAGUGUAUCCACUUUAUUAUAUGAUAAAGUAUAUGAUGAAGUGAAAGAUUUAUAUAUUCAAGCAGCAAGAAUGAAUCCCCGCGAUGAAAUUGAUCCGGAUGUACAAUGUGGAUUAGGUAUAUUGUUUAAUUUGUCGAGUGAUUAUAAUAAAGCUAUAGAUUGUUUUCAAGCAGCAUUGCAAAUACGCCCUGAUGAUUCCAGAUUAUGGAAUAGAUUAGGUGCCACUCUCGCUAAUGGCCAGCGAUCAGCAGAAGCAGUAAAUGCGUAUCAUCGUGCAUUAGAGUUAUCGCCCGGAUUUAUUCGAGCACGUUAUAAUCUCGGCAUAUCUUGUGUUAAUCUGGGAGUGUAUAAAGAAGCAGGUGAGCACCUUUUGACAGCAUUAAAUCAACAAGCUGCAGGAAGAGGCCUACAGGUUAACAAUGUAUCUCCUAAAGCAAUGUCAAACACAAUAUGGUCCACAUUAAGAUUAGUUAUAUCAUUAAUGCAUAAAUAUGAAUUAAUGGAAGCUGUAGAAAAUAGAGAUCUAUCCAAGUUAAAUAAGGAAUUUGAAAUCAUAUAAAUGAAUGCACCUAUAUAAUGAAUUACACAAUACGAUUCAUUUUUAUAUAAAUUAUUUCGUGCACAGGCCUAAUAAUAAUUAUUAAUAAUAAUUAUUGAUUAUCCUGUUAAGGAUAAAAAUUGCAAACAGAAGUAAAGAAGAUCUAAGAGAACAGUUGCUGUAUUAUGUAUGUAUUUUUUAUCUUAUAAUGAAUUAUAAAUAUUGAUCAAUUUUAACAUAAUUAGAUUUACAAUAAAGAAGAAAUCAUUCCUAAAGGCACAUCAAAGUUACAUAUUUUGUAACACUUAAAAAUUGAUUACAUAAAACUAUUUGUUAGGAUCAACAGAUUUGAUAAAAACUAUUUUAGUAAAAUUCAUCUUGCUAAAGACAUAUCUGUCUCAGAGCAGAGAGAAUUUGAUGAUUAUGAAAAAUCUGGGUACAAUUCUAUGUAAUAGUAUAAUUACUUCUAGAUGCAAUUAAUUAUAAUACAAUUACAUAGUAGUCUCCUUAAAUUUGGCCCCCAUUAAUCUUGAUUCUCCUCUACAUAUAUUUUCAUAAAAACUAAUCGCACUGUUUCUAUAUCAUAAUAGGUCCAUUAAGAGAUAAUCAUCUGAAUACAAUAAGAACCUUAUGCGCGCAUCUGCGUUUGUACAAGCACAUGGUGAUUAAACUUCGCACUGCAGUGAAGAUCUUAAUUUUUCUUCUCCAAAAAUUUUUUGCUUUUUUUGUGUCAUAGGGUCAAAAUUAAUGAAAUUCUACUAACAUAUACAAAUUUUUUCUUCUGUAGAGGUAAUGGGCUUCAAAUUUCUAAUUUAUGUAUACAUUAAUUUUUGUCAAAUUUGAAAUUAUAUUGAAAUUAUUGCACCUUGUUUGCUCUGAGACAGAUUCUCUUUACAUCUUUAGUCAUAAUAUAAUAUAUCUAUAUAAAACACGAUUCAACAAUUAAUUAUAGAUGAAUUUUGGUUCUAGUAUUUGUCUUUGAGUUUUUCUUCUUAUAAUUGAUGAUGAUUAUCCAUCAUUAAAAAUGAGU